AUGUCAUUCUUUUCUAGUUGGUUCAAGGGCAGCUCUUCAGCACCAAGCUCGUCAACAGGCACCUCUGUCUCACCAAUUAAUGGCAGUGUUGUAGCCCACCGUCUACCAACAAAGGGCUACAAGAAGGAGUUGCCAAUAUGCUCCAUGGUGAUCACAAUCAACAGUGGAUCAUCGUAUGACCAUCUGUACACCAGUGUCGAGCAAGUGUCGCCAAGCUCUGACUACGCCAUCUCGCUGUGGGAGGUCAACUACAAUGCAGUCACUGCCAUUCUCAACACUCUCAAUGGAUCGAUCGCAAUCGAGAGCAUACAGGAGCUAGUGGACGACCUCAAGAGAAUCGAGCCAGCAAGUGUCCUCGUCAACUUUGAGUGCUGCAGCGGUUGCUCCGACAGCGGCUUUGGCAACAGGGUCGCUAUGCCCUUCAUCAAGAAGUGCUUGGACAGUGGAUACAUGGUGCAGUUUGGUGACUUUUCUACAAAGGCCCUCAUCAAGGACUGGGAUCAGAGCCUGCUCGGACCAAAGCCAUUCAAACAGAUCGGUACCUUCUCGUCAACUUUCAAACUCAAAUUCAACCCAGACACAUUGGUCAACAGUGCAUCCGCUCAACUCAAGAUCGUCGGUGGUCUUUGUCGUGAGAAGGGUGGCGCUCAGGUGUCUGCCAUGGGUGGCACUGUCCGUUUCACAGUCAACAAGGCCAACACUGACAACAAAAUCUACGACCUGCAAGUGCUUACCGUGCUCACGCACCACGAUACAAAUGUUGAAAAGGAUGGUAACGAGCAGGUCACAUUCAAUGGUGAGGUGUUCAAGGGCUCGGUUGGCCACGCCAUCUUGAAGUUCAAGACCGUCCCUGACCCAAGUGUCACGGACAAGCCAACUCACGCCUACAUGGUCGUUUCGGCCGGUCACUGGAUGGAGUUGUCCAAGCUGGACACCGACAUCAAGUUUGUCGAGAGACAAAUGAAGGAUAUGUACGGUGAGACUGAGGCCAAAAAUUUCAUGAACGAGUACAAUGCCGCUCCGGCAUUGGAGCAAGCAUCCAUGAUGCAGAAGAAGGCAAGAUCCAUCGUUCAGACCAGUGCCUGUUCCAACUACUCCAUUCCUUCCAAGAGCAAGUCAUAA